ACACAUGUAUAUAGAAUAUAGCAAUAACGUAAAGAAUGCGGAGCGUCUCUUCUCGCCUCAUGGCCGUUUCUCUGACGCUGGUGUCCUUUCCUGGAAUUCUUUAGUACUAGCGCCAGUCAAAUUGCACACCUGGAUAAUGCUACUGAAACACUGGUCUAAAGAGAAAAAGCAUCUGUUGUUGACAUUUCGGUGAUAUCCAGUUACAACGUGAAUUUACAAGAUAGACCGAGACCAACGAUUGGCUAUAUUCACGUGAACUGGUUGAAUGUAUUUUACGACUUCUUAAAGCAGCUUCCUCUGGUUAAAAAGUGAACCUUACCUUGACGUUGUCACAACACACGUGGCAUUCAACUGUCCAUGCGUAUACUGAACCAUUGUUUAUUUACUGUCAUAACAUUUAAGAUCGGCAAUUCUCAGUUACUCCAUACAGACAUAAGAAAUACAUUUUGAAAGGCGAAUAUUUGUGUCACGGUAAACAUUUGGCAUAUUAAUGUAUCUACAGCGAAACAUCUUCAACAAAUAAGAAGGUUUAUAUAACGAACUUGUCGUUUUUGUUUUUUUUGUUAACACUGAAUGAAUAAGGGUGAUGUUUGGCGUGGUAUAGAAUUUAACACAAAAAGAAGUGAGAAACAUAACUGCAAAAAACCCACAGCCACAUCGAGCGGAGAUUCAAAACAUAACUGAAAAAAGCCACAGCCACAUCGUGCGGAGACCAGAGACAUAACUGAAAAAAGCCACAGCCACAUCGUGCGGGGACCAAAGACAUAACUGAAAAAAGCCACAGCCACAUCGAGCGGAGACUCGAGACAUAACUGAAAAAGCUACAGCCACAUCGUGUGGAGACCAGAGACAUAAAUGAAAAAAGCCACAGCCACAUUGUGUGGGGACCAGAGACAUAACUGAGGAAACCACAGCCAUAUCGAGCGGAGACUCGAGACAUCACUGAAAAAAGCUACAGCCACAUCGUGUGGGGACGAGAGACAUAACUGAAAAAGCCACAGCCACAUCGUGCGGGGACCAGAGACAUAACUGAGGAAACCACAGCCACAUCGAGCGGGGACCCAAGACAUAACUGAAAAAAAGCUACAACCAUAUCGAGCGGAGACUCGAGACAUAACUGAAAAAAGCCACAGCCACAUCGUGCGGGGACCAGAGACAUAACUGAGGAAACCACAGCCACAUCGAGCGGGGACCCAAGACAUAACUGAAAAAAAGCUACAACCAUAUCGAGCGGAGACUCGAGACAUAACUGAAAAAAGCCACAUCCACUUCGAGCGGAGACUCGAGACAUAACUGAAAAAAAGCCACAGCCACUUCGAGCGGAGACUCGAGACAUAACUGAAAAAAAGCCACAGCCACUUCGAACGGAGACUCGAGACAUUACUGAAAAAAAAGCCACUUCUAGCGGAGAAUCUACAGAGACGUCGCGUAAUACUCACAGUACACCAGUCAGUAUGCACGGCUGUAGCGGCAUCAGUCUGCUGGGGCAGAUCGCCAUUAGCGUGACGAUCGUGGCGCUGUGUGUGCACCUAGUGGCCCUCUCCAGUCCCGCGUGGGUCGUAGGUCACACGUUGGCCGGUAGAGAGGUCAAGGACGGCAUCUUGUACUCGUGUGGAUACGACCGGUCAGCAGGCAACUGCGCAACAACCAACAUGGAAGGCGCGCCAGGGUUCUUCCAGGCGGCGUUUGGGUUCGCGGUGAUCGGGCUGAUAACGGCAGUGGUCACGUGCAUCUGCGUCAUGAUCUACUUCUGCGUCGCCGCCAUCGACCCCGAGUCAUCGUUGGGGACGUUCAACAUCUUCGGUAGCUUCUUCUCAGGUGCAAGCAUUCUACUGGCCGUGAUUAUAUUCGGCUCGCUGAAGACCGAGUAUUUCUCUUCCCAGCUAUACGAACUGUCCUGGGGGUUCGGAAUAGAAGUGGCCGCGGGAUUAUUCUUUCUAUUGUCCGGAGCUCUCCUCUUCAUAGACUACAGGGCACAGUGAUAACACGAGCAACACGAGCUGCCGGCGAACGUCUAGUGCUAGGGUCAGACUACCAACUGUCAUGACGGAGGUGGCCAACUCGACAGUUUGCGUUGUGAUUUCACCCACUCACUACUUACGACGGAUACGCUCAUAUUAACAACUAAUCGGCCGUAGGAGUUGUAUGCGACGAGAAUCGAGUUGUAAGAGUGCUCAAGACUAGCAACUGGACAGUCGUAGGAGUCGUGACAUCGGAGAGUUGGCUAACUGCGUCGUGGCAGUUGGUAGUCUUGACCUAUCAUUACAUUGUACAUUUCAACAGUUCUGCCCAUUAUGAACGGGAAUACAAAUCGCCCACACAGACGGUGCUUGAGAAACUGAAAGCUUUUUGAUUAUACAGACUUGCGGGUUAAGGGGAGCUAUCGCUCCCGCUCACCAUUGCUCGCCUGAGACUAGUUCAAGGAGAGUGACUUUUAGUUCCCCUUAGUGUGUGAAUGUUUUUUUUUUAAAUAGUGCUACAAAAGUAUUAAAUAUCAAUGGGUCAAUAUAUGAUAAUAUAUAAUCUACAUUAGGAGAGAAAUUAAUCACUUGCCUCAAAUUAUUACAAUAGUGCUAAAAAUGGAUUAAAUAUCAACUUUCAAUAAAGCUUCUUAGUAAGUGACUGUUUCUUUAAAAUAGUGCUACAAAAGGAUUAAUUAUCAUUAGUCGAUAUACAUAGGAAAUAUGAUAAUAUAUAAUCUACAUUAGGAGAGCAAUUAAUCACUUGCUUCAAGUUUUUACAAGUGCUAAAAAUGCAUUAAAUACCAAUUUUUAAUAUAGGCCCUUACAUGGGAAAUAUGGUAAUAUAUAAUGUACAUUAAAAGAGAAAUUAAUUACUACCCUAAGUAUCUAAGUAUAUAUAAAAAAUAUUGCUAAGGCCAAGAACAAGAAAAAAAGAAUUGAUGCGGCGAUGGCUUUUUUUUUUUUCUUUUUUUUUUAAAGCAUGGAUUACACAAAAAAGGUAUAUUUGAUACCGAAACAAUGGGCACAUUUAAAUUGAAAUCAGAAUGCACGUCCUAGUUCAUGCGCGAUGGCACUUUGGCUCCAAAUGCGGUUUUUACGUUUUGGAAACAAAAGCACAGCAAAGAUCGACGUCAUAACGCGAGAAAUUAAAAAAAAAAAUAAAUAAAAAUAAUAAUAAACAUGUUGACGCGUGAGGGUCAAAAUAGACGUGCGCUCUGACCAAAGAACAGAAAUGUAUUUUGUUUGGCCUAAUAAAAAGGAUUAAAUAUAUAUAUAAUCAACAUUAAUUUACAAAAAAAUAAUUGUUACCACGAGGUCAGUUAUAUACUGAUCAAACCGUGAACUAUUUCAUAGUAGCAGUGACGUGUGUUUGGUGAUGACCCAUUCCACGCUCAUACGUCAUAAUAUUGUGGUUAAUGGUCUGUACGGUUUUUUCCUGCUACGAAAUAUCUGACAGCUUCCAGAUGACUGUAACUGGAGUUAGUAUGUCUGUGUACUGAAUACUCAAGCUCCAUUAGUGCAUGUAACACUGAUAUUGACCAUUGACGGAAAGGAAUGCAAUCAUGAAAUUAACCUGUUGAUACUGUCCUUGUUAGUUUAGAAGAGUUCCCUAUUCAUGCAGAUGCCAGAUUCUUCCAUAUAGAUUAUAUUGUGUUUUAAAGUCGAAGACCCUAGUUUCAACCUGUGAAAAUGGACACUAAUAUACGUUUGGUUAAUCUAUAAACCUGUAACACAUUUGAAUAAAGUUUCAAUAGAGUGAUACAAGAAUCUGUGACGCUGAAACUGAGAAAUACCUUUAACAGGUAGACUAAAGGCUGAUUUCCACAACCGUUACUUCUCAGAGGUAUGUGCGUUUUCAAAAAUACGAAAAAUGUAUUUUGUAGUAUUACAAACACCAGAAUGACAAGAAACACUUGAGAUGUAUGGCCAUGAAUAAUGUAAACAAUAAGAUCCACGUAACGUCUGAUCUCAAUUAUUAAAACCGGCUCUAAAAGUAAACACUACAUUACACCACAGUGUUUACAAACGUGGUUCUGUCGCUUUAUAAACUGGUGGUUAUCAGCGAAAGGCCAGCUUGUGUUACACAGACGACUCGGAUAUUUCAAAAGUUUUACAGGUGCUAAUUCUAUCUUGUGUUCAUUUGACCUAUUCCUAAGCUAUAGUGUUUACACGAAGAGGAAUCAGACAAAAAAUUGUUUUGUGUAACGACACCACUUGAGCACAUUGAUUAAUUAAUCAUCGGCUAUUGGAUGUCAAACAUUUGGUAAUUCUGACUCGUAAUCAACAGAGGAAACCCGCUACAUUUUUCCUAAUGCAGCAAGGGAUCUUUUAUAUGCACUUUCCCACAGACAGAAAAGCACAUACCACGGCCUUUGUCCAGUUGUGGUGAGGAAUCGGACAAAUUUGAAAAACAAACAACAACACGAAUUUAUGAGAAUUGUAUGGUGUUAACUAAUUUCAUACUUUUGUUUAGUUAUCUUGGAAAAAAGCACCCCAAAAACCUUUUUGUUCACUAUUAGAGCCGUCUAUGAUAACUGAAAUCAAACAUUACUUAUAUUUUAUUGUUUAGAUUAUCCAUUUCCGUAGAACCGAAGUGUUUCCUGUUGUUUCUGAUAACUUAAAAUGCAUUU